AUGGCGAUGCCUGCAGAAUCUGACAGUACCGGUGCGCAGAGCAGCACUCAUGAAAAAGGCUUCAGCGCACCGGAUCGCAAUGGUUAUGUGAAAACAUGUGUCAUCCCACUGUGCCGUGACCGAGAUUACGAGUCGUGGGUGAGGCUAAUGUUCACAACAAUAUGGAGUUCCCAGAGACUCCGGAGUGCGGUGUGUGUGGGGUCGCUUUCGGUUUUUCUCGCUCUGCUGGUCAAAUGUGCAGACUGGAAAGCUGAAGCCAGCAGCAGCGCUGACAACAGUCUCUCGCAUUCAUCGUCUCCCCUUCACUUCGUUUCAGGCUGCGCGGCUGAGCUGUUGCAAACUUGCUGGAGUGUUGUUUCCCCGUUGUUUACCCUCGUAUGUGCCUUCUUUUGGGUCGGUGUCUACUUAAUCCGCUGCGGAGUUCUAAUCCAGACCGCCCUCUCCCUCCUAACCUUGUGCCACCUGGGCGAAGCAGCGGCGUGGUCUCUCCUAGACGGGACAGAUGAGCAGCUGUUUUCAUUCACGACAGCAGCCGUGGUCGUGCUCAUCUGCGUGGCCACCGGUGCACUCAUGGUAGCACGGCUGAAUCAGGGCAUAUCUGUGAUCGUUUUCAUAAGUCUAGUCAGGACUAUCUCACUCUUUUCGCUGCAAAAAGUACGGGCCACUUGGAGACCGUACGUAGCAUACCUGGUUGGAGUGCUGGGCAUCCUGCUGGCGAGGUAUGCUGACAAGCUCCUUCCCAACCAAGGGAGACACAAGGAGGGCUGCACCCCCGUGACUGGAGCCAGGGAAGAGAUCCCUGUAUUUAAAAGGCGCAGGAGGUCCAGUUCUGUGAUAGCCUCAGACAUGGCACACAGUCAGUCCAACAGUAAGUCACAUCGCCGGACCUCUCUGCCAUGCAUCCAGAGGGACCAGAUGCUCCCCCGCUCGGACUGGGACCACAAGAGAGGCUCCCGAGGAUCACAGUCAUCCGGCACUACUGUCAUGGUGGACAUAGCAGUGAUGGGAGAGGCCCACGGACUGAUCACAGACCUGCUGGCUGAUCCCUCUCUGCCCCCAAACACCUGCACCUCACUGCGGGCCGUCAGCAACUUGCUAACCACCCAGCUCACCUUCCAGCCGCUGCACCGGCUUCGCCCUGUUCCCCUGCUCAACCCCAGUGAUGCCUACACCUUCUCCGACUCAGAGGAGGGACCAGAUAAAGGAGAGAAGACUUCCAUCCAUAAGCGUAUUAGGCGGAGUCUCCACCCUGGUCUUCUGAGGAGGAUCUCUUCCACGUGGACCACCACCACCUCCGCCACAGGCCUCCCGUCCAUCGAGCCUGGACCCGUCCGAAGGGACCGCAGCGGCAGCAUAAAACCCUACCAUGAAGCACUCACCUGCAGUUGUGGGAGACCAUACAUCAGACUGAGCCAUGGGGAGGGUUCUAUAGACAAGGGAGACAGGAUACCACGGUCAGCAGAGGACCAAGUGAUGGUGUCAUCAGACUAUGACAGCACCCACGAAGCCAACCACAGUGACAGCAGUGAUGUAGCACAUACAGAGGAGGACACAGAGGAAGGAAAAAACCCUGCUCAAAAUGUCAUUCUCCACCCACUAAUACCUCCUGAGGACAAACCAAUUCUGGCUCCAGAGCCGUUAGUAAUGGAGGACUUGCAGCCAUUGAUGAGUCAGCUAAAUAAUUGGAACUUCCCCAUCUUCAGUUUGAUGGAGAAGACCAAUGGGAAAUGUGGACGAAUACUCAGUCAGGUCUCCUACAGGCUCUUCGAAGACACCGGCUUGUUUGCGACCUUCAAGAUCCCUGUAAAUGAAUUCAUGAACUACUUCCAUGCCCUUGAGAAUGGUUACAGAGACAUACCAUAUCACAACAGGGUCCAUGCCACAGAUGUGCUCCAUGCAGUCUGGUACCUCACUACGCAGGCUGUGCCCGGCCUGCCCAGCCUCAUUACGGACCACGGCUCUGCCAGUGACUCAGACUCCGACAGUGGAAUAACACACAGUCAUAUGGGCUUCCUGGUUUCAAAGACCUACACUGUGUCAGAAGAUGGUUACGGCUGCCUGUCAGGCCUCAUACCUGCUCUGGAGCUCAUGGCCCUUUAUGUGGCUGCCGCAAUGCAUGACUAUGACCACCCUGGGCGGACCAAUGCUUUCCUCGUGGCCACCAGCGCCCCACAGGCAGUGCUCUACAAUGAUCGAUCUGUUCUGGAAAACCACCACGCUGCCUCAGCCUGGAACCUCUUCAUGUCACGGCCAGAGUACAACUUCCUCGUCAACCUGGACCACGGAGAGUUCAAGCGUUUCCGUUUCCUGGUCAUUGAGGCCAUAUUGGCCACUGAUCUGAAGAAGCAUUUUGACUUCCUGGCUGAGUUCAAUGCCAAGGUGGGAGAUGAUCCAUCCACAGGUAUUGACUGGUCUAACGAGAAUGACAGGUUGCUGGUCUGCCAAAUGUGCAUUAAACUGGCUGACAUCAAUGGGCCUCUGAAGUGCAAGGACCUGCACCUGCAGUGGACAGAGGGCAUUGUCAACGAAUUCUAUGAACAGGGCGAUGAGGAGUCCAGCCAGGGCCUUCCCAUCAGCCCCUUCAUGGACCGAGCGGCACCACAGUUGGCCAAACUCCAGGAAUCGUUCAUAACACACAUCGUGGGACCGCUGUGCAACUCCUACGACUCAGCCAGCCUCAUUCCUGGACGAUGGGUGGAACCCAACCCAGAGGGAGAGGAUCCAGAGAUAACGGAGAAUGAGGAGGAGGAGGAGGAGGAGGAUGAGGAUGAGGAUACUGCAGAAGAAGAUGCAUCCACCAGCUCCGAGGCAUCACAGAAAGCAAGUUCUAAGAAGAGAAGGAAAGUCUUCUGCCAGAUCACCCACCACCUGAUGGAGAACCACGAGAUGUGGAAGAAGGUGAUUGCAGAGGAGGAGCAGAAACAGGGCCAAGGAGCAGAAUCUGUCCAUUUAAACAAUGUAGCUGAGCCAAUCCUCGCUAUUCAUGAGGAGGAAGAGGAGCCAGGCAGCAGAGAGGAGUUAGUAGAAGGAGAGGAUCCAGAGGAGGGAGUGGAGGAACCAGAGUGGCCCGUGUCUCUGCAGGAGGACUCUAAAACGCCAGAGGAACCAGCGGACGGGGACCAACAGUGAAACAGCUCAUUGGGAAAUAUGGCAGUCAGGGCAAGGAUGUGAAAAAGUAUUUCUUGUUUCAACUGACUCCUGUUUUUGCCAGCACAUCACUUAGACACAACACUGUAGAAGUUUGGGAAAUGUGUGCCUAUACAGAAAAAAAACAGGGUGGGAAAAUUUGUGCUUUACACAUUUUAUCUGAAUAUCUGGUUUCACCAAACGUUUAAAGGAGCUUUCCAUAUUGCAAUACAGGAUUAUUUGUGUACUUUGGGAUACAGACUCUUUUGCUACUGUCAAGAGAAGAGGAAGACUGCUUGCACAGACCUCAACCCAAUGUGGUAACACAGGACUGCAGACAUUUGCUGCCAAUUUAUACAUAAUUAUUUUCUGAAUGCAAUUAUAUAUAGACAUCACAGUUACUUGUACUUGUGUUUCAAUUUAAGCAAGAGUUUUUGAGGUCUCACAUGGGCCAUAAUAUGUUUUCUUUUUCUAUAUAUGGAUUAUAAAGGGAGUCAAUCAAAUGAGGAACAUUGGCAAAUCUUUAUUCCUUUCAACUUUUGCCAAAAUAAAUCACUCACACUUAGGCUUUAGCAUAUGAAAUUAAAUAUGUUUUUGUUUUACAUUUGUUGCCAAAUUAAGUAAUUUAUAUCUUUUAGAUAUAGUCGUAUUACUUUAAGGAAGGAGACGCGAGGCUCCUUACACUCUGUAUUUGCGUGUGUGUGUGUGUGUGUGUGUGUGUGUGUGUGUGUGUGUGUGUGUGUGUGUGUGUGUGUGUGUGUGUGUGCAUGUUUAAAUUAACAAUUCUUCUUCAGAGGACAUAGAUAGAUUCAGUAGAUUUAUUUAUGCCAUCUCUGUUCCUCAGCCCCAAGAUAACAAUAGUGGUCAUUACAGGGUUCACUGUCCCAAAUGUUGUAGUCCAGAGUCCUGCACUUACAAAGCAACAGAGGGUUGUUAAAGGGUUGAAAAUAUAAGUAAAUAAAAAACAACAAAACAGGUAACCCUGCAUUUAUAAAACAUAAAGAACCAGAAAGCAUAAUCUAUUCAACAAAAGUCCAUAAAAUAAAUAAAAUGUCAAAUCCUACAAAGGUCGUUGAAAAUGGCCAUAGGUGCACAAACUAAUAUACUUUCCUGUGUCUUUUCUUUGCAAUGUUUGACUCUCUGACUAUGUAUUUGGACUCACUGGUCCUCAUGUAAAAACCUGCAAAUGAUGCUGACCGUUAACCCUCAGGAAAACCUUAACUGUAGAAAUUUAAAGUAAACAUCUGUAUCACCUGUGAGGACAGUAAGUUACAAAUAUGCAGGGAUAGUAAGCUAGUUUAGAAUAUGUUCAUAAAAGGCUGACGUUUAUGUCACAACGCCCCACUUCUGCUUGGACUAUUAUAACAUCUUUGCAGAUGAACACAGUGAUUCUGUCUGAACUCUUCUCCUGACACCUCAGGGAGACAUUCAUUCUCUCAGUUCAGAGCAGUCAGGACUCCAGAGUGCAUCAGUUGGACUUCUUCUAAAAGUUAUCUUUUUACAACAAUGACAUAAAAACAUUGUUUCUAAAACUUGUAAAUGGAAUUUAACAUAAUGUAAUAACAUUACUGCACAAAGCUUGAAGUCAUAGCCCCCUACUUUAAACUUAGACAUGAGAUAUACCAAUUACAUAACCAACUGCGCAGUAGCUUGAGUAGGAUGCAAAAUGUCGCCGAAGAAUAUUCCACUUUUCUUUAAUAAUUCACAUUUGCAUAGAAAAAAUGUUUGAGAGACCAUAAGUAGAUCUUGAGUUGAAUAAGUAAAGUGUUGAGUUGGUGGAUCAACUUUCUGUCACACUCGAGUGCAGUGAGGCAAUAAGUAAUUAAUUAUCAACUGCUACUCUUGUCAAAUUCUCCUAGUUCUCAUGACCUACAUGCACACCUGAAUAUAUUAUGCACUGGUAUCUCAUCUCAUACUGUACAUUUCUUUAUAUAGAGAUAGAGAUAGAGCUUUCCUGUGAUUGAAAUAACAUUGGGUGUAGAACAUCAUGUCCUUGUAUCCCUGUAGAUCAUGCAUUAACGUACUCUAUUAUCACCCAAUGUUCCUGGCUGUGGUGAAUAGCGCACUACAUCCAUAAUGGCCUGUUAACUGCUGCCCUGAUACAGUGUGGAGGGGGGGGGGGGGGAUGAGGAACUCAGGAACUGCAGCUUAGGCAAGUUGACCCACUGAUUAGAAUGGCAUUAGACAGAGAAUCGUUUAUAUCAGACCAAACUUGUUAGCAGUCGCUGAAUCAGAACCUUUUUGUUUUCCAGCCUCUAAUGAUCAUAUGUAGCCUCACUCAUUGUAUCUUAUAAACAAAAUGCCUGCUGUCUUCUGUAUGCUGCCUGCAAUUCAUCCCUAAUGAGCUAUAAUCCUCAUUACAGACACAAUGAAUACAUUUUGUUUGGCAUUUUGAAAAACCUGAUGAGAUAUCACCAAUGUUAUACAGGCAAGCGAUUUCAUUUAACACAGACAUCUUAGAUAAAGACAACGACAACACUUUCUUUCUAUCAUUCAUUGGGAUGAUGUAACUUCCACUUCUAGUUUCUAUGUCAAACCUCCAGGUUGUUCAACUAUAUAAUUACAUCAACUCAAACUCUCCAAAGCUCCUGCUUUGUGAAUGUAUGAAUACAGAAUACAGUGUGUGAAAGAGCAAGAUAGUGUGUUUGCGUUUGUGUCUAUUUGAGUUCUGGCAUUGGCCUCUCUAAUGUGACUCCUGUAUCAUCAUUAACUUUUGAGUAAAGGAUACUUUUACUCACAAGUAGAGGUGGUGAAAUAAUAAUGAGUAAAGUGAUGCAGUUAGUAGUUUUUCUCAGAUGAAAUUGUUAUUCGCAGAAGGUCCUAUAGCAUAUUUCUCCUUGUGCUUCCUCUUUGAUCUGCCAAGUGCUUAGCGUGCAGAUCAGAGAUCCUCACUGGCAACAGUAGUUUAAACAACAGUAGCAUUCAUCACACGUCUCUCAUCUUUAAAGACGAUGGAUUCUGUCCACUGUGUUAGUUUGUUGGUGAUCUUUAAAAAAGAAGACGUUUUUUUUAGAGUGGACUAUGUAUGCAUUUUGCCCCCAGUCACAUCAGUCUUAAGUCAAUACUUGCAUUUGAGCUGAUACAGUAUAUCAGUUUUGAUAGUGUAUUUUUUUAUGUCUUAAUUGGUUUUAUUUGAUUGUCAUACUUAUUCACACAUGUAGCAUAAAUGUAACCAUGGGAACCAAACAAGCUUUACAAUUAUGUAAAAGAAAAAAAAUUGAGACGAGUAUUUUUAUAUAGUUGACACAUGAUUAAAUAUUUGCUUUCUUCUCACUAGUACCUUGCACUUACCACAUGUACUAAUACUUACACAAGGAAGAAUAUGUCCAAAUACACAGUAUUUGUGAACGUAAAAUAAUUGAUUUUCUUGCAGGUUGAUGCUCCAUUUUGUACAAUAUACAUAUAUGCUGUACAGUAAAGAAAUUUUAAAACUACAAAAACUCUUUUAGAUAUACAUUAUUUAUUUUUACCAUUUUGUAAUUUAGACACUAUACUGUAGCUUCAAUAUUGCCAGACUUACUGGAAGUGCCUAUAUUGGUAUUAUGUAUCAUACAGUGAAUAUAUUUGAAGAUCAUUAGAAGUUGUCACAAACUGAACCAUGUGGAUGUUGUAAUGUGAAUACAUUGAAUUACAAGACUAUAAUUUCUGUGGUA